AUGGCGAACCUUUUAGAGACUGAGUGCUUAAAUUACAACCCUCACAACACAUGUGAGCCCCCCACCUUACCCCAGACAGGAGAGGGAGGCACUUACCUCAGGGCAGGAUGGAAAGUGAUCCCCCUCUUCAUCUUGUGUUUGCUUCAAGCUACUAGUACUUUGAAAUGUCCAAGAUUGGUGGCUGGGGAUCCUGGGGGAACGGUCACCAUUGAGUGCCAUUAUACCCCCACACCAGCUAACAAACACCAGAGGAAAUAUUGGUGCCGCUUGUCCUUCCCUCAGAGGGUCUGCCAUACCAUCAUCUCCACCAACAUCUUCAUCAGCCAGAGCUACAAGGACCGAGUGACUCUUGUGGACUUCCCCAGCCAGGGCAUGUUUGUAGUGACCUUGGCCCAGUUGGCACCUGAAGAUACAGGGUACUAUCGCUGUGGCAUUGGACCUAGAACAGAUAUAUUCUUCUCCAGCAUGAAUCUGACCAUCUCUACAGGUUCUGCCAACCUCACAAUUCCCUCAAGUGUCAUCCCUAGGACAUCUUUGGCUACCAGAGUCCAGAUUAUGGAAAUCCUUGGGACAACAACUUCAGUUAUAGGUAGACUGGAACUUAACACAACCCUACUUGCAGAAGGAUGGGAGACAAGAACCAUCAGAAGAGAUACCACUCCAGUUGCAGUCACCCAGGCACCAGGAAUCACUGGAGCAACAACUACAGUUACAGGUGGACAGGACCUUGACGCAACUUUGUUUACAGAGGGAUGGGAGAGAAGAACCAGGAAAAGAGAGAACACUCUAGCUAAAGUCACCCAGGCACCAGGAACCAUUGGAGCAACAACUUCAGUUACAGAUGGACAGCACCUUGACACAACUUUGUUCACAGGGGGACGGGAGACAAGAACCAGUGGAAGAAAGAAUACCCUAGCUGAAGUUACCCAGGCACCAGGAAUCAUUGGACCAACAACUACGGUUACAAGUGGACAGGUUCCAAAGACUAUUGAAACAAUAACUUCAGCUCCAGGGAGUCAGGCCUUUGAUACAACCCUGGUUAUAAAAGGACAGGGGUCAGAAAUUUGCAGAGGACACCCAACUCCAACCAUAAUCACCAAGGCCUCAGAGAACAUUGGAAUAAUUACUUCAGUUACAGGUAGACAGGGUUCAGGAAUUCUUGGAGGAACAAUUCCAGCUGCAGGCAGACGGGAUCUUGACACAACUCUGGUUGCAAAAGGAGAGGAGGCAGGAAUUAUCAGAGAAACUCUAACCUUAGCUAAAGUCACUCAACCACUGGAGCACACAUCAAGCAAAGAUAUACAGGCUUCAGGAACAGUUAGAUUAAUAAUUCCAGAUACUGGUGAUUGGGUUCUAAAGACCACAAGAACACCAGAACCAGUUCCAGAGAGGCAGACUACAGAAGCCAAAGGAACAUCAAACAUAACGGAAGGUGGUUUAGUCUUGGAAACAAGAGCAGGAAUAAAAACUAUUGUAGGAACCGUUAGAGAAAGGAGAUCAACCAUUAGAAAUGUAAAUCGACUAAUUGAGGCAACUCUGAACACUGGAAUACCUCCAGUUACCACCAGAAAUAUUACAGGAACCCCCAGACCUUCAACAACAGUCAGAGACAAUCUCAGAGAAGUAACUCCAGGUACAGACCAACAGACUUGGGGGACCAUCAGAGCCAUAGCCCUAGAUGUAGAUGUGAGUGGCUGGUUCUCACAAACCAAUAGAAGAGGGAAAAUUUCAACUUUAGGAGGAACAGCUGCUACUGAUAGACAAAACCCGUCAGAGGAACCACUGAGAAGAAUCCCAGGGGUAGCACUCCUGAUUCCUCCUAGCAACAAGUCCAACAAAGAGAAUUCUCCUCCGGAUCAGAGACGAAUCUCCCAGAUCCUGAUCAUUUUCUCUACUGUGUUGCUCCCUCUUGUUCUCCUGGUUCUGUUGCUACUGCAAAGGAAGCUUCAAAAGAGGAUCUCUCUUCGGACCCAGGAGAUGCCCAUGCUUUCUCUAAUCCAGCUGACUAACUUUCAAGAUCUCCCUGAGAAGCUGAGCAAGGAACAACUGCAGCCCCAGGAAGUCUAA